GGAGUCGCUAGUCACGGAGGUGUUUUACAGGUUUGCGGGUGGGCGAAGAUUUGGCAUUUACAAGGAUUUGGACUGCAUUCCAGGGAGGGUAAAGGCUGUCAUUCAUCAUGGCCACCCUCGAUAGAUUAUUUUAGCUUGCGAGCCAAUGCUAGUUCGUGAAUGAACCUGCAAGAGGGGCUUUUCUGAGUUGUUUUGCUCGCGAGGUGGCUAACAUUAGCUAGCUGAAAAACAUCCGGCUUUACCACUCAAUAAGAUGAUUAGGUAGCUAGCCACCCUUUCCUACACGAGACUGUUUUUACGUCACAUGCGCAAACUGUCAUUUAACGUUAGACAAAGAAACAAAACGGUCAGUGAGUGUACCUGCGCUAAAUAGCUAGCUAUCUUAUCUUCUAGCCAGCUAACGUUAGAGCAGUAGCUACGUUAGAUAUUCAUCUAGCUACAUCUUGGUUUGCCAUCUAGUUCUAACUCUUUUUCCAAAGCAAUGGCUGCAGACCUGCAAGCAAAAUACACCAAAUUGGCCCAGGAGUAUUCAAAGGUAAGUGGCUUUUUGUUGCCCUAUCUUUAGCCACGGUUCUUGUCUAUUUAUUCUGAUUGCUGAAUCAUUCUAGCUAACUAACGUUGGUUUGGUUCAGUCUGUAAUAAUGGAUUGCAGGUAAAGUAGCUAACGUUUGGUAGCUCUACUUAUUUAUGACAGGCAGGAAGUGAAGCCAGAGCAGAAGCCAGUGGUUCUCAAUCUUUUUCGGUUACGGUACCACCAACUGCCCUGAAGUAUGAAAAUGUAUGCAUUCACUAACUGUAAGUUGCUCUGAAUAAGAGUGUCUGCUAAAUGACUAAAAUGUAAGUAACGUUACCCCCUCGUACAUUUUACCAGUGAGUCUUUUCUAGUACCCCCUGUGGAUAGGCCAAGUACCCCCAGGGAUCCUAGUACCCCUGGUUGGGAACCACUGCUCUAAACAACACAAUGUUAUACUUGGCUAUGUUACACGGCCUGAGUAAAACAAGGCCAGCCAUGUUCUUCAAACCCCAUGUCAUGUUACCCUAACCAUAGAAAAUGGAUUUGUAGCCAUGUCAAUAGUACCCAUCCUAAAACCCUUUGUAGACAUUAUAACAAUAAAUGUCUGUUAACUAGUGACUAGAUUUGGUUAAUAUAAAAACCAUCCUCGUGACCCACACUUUGUCAGCUGACAGGCAGUGGAGGGAAUGCAUGGUGUUUAUUGUCUGGCUGUUGUUACAUACCCCCCCUCCACAGGCCCAUAUCCGGUUCUUUGGAAGAAGCGCUGACAUUGUAUUUUCGCAUAUGUGGUGUGUAGUUGCCCAAUAAGUAGCAACAUUUAUUCACCCAACCUUUGGAAAUGUAUGUGGAGUUCUAUUGUUCAAUCAUCAAAUAUGGAUGAAAUCUCACACAAAAGCCAUAAAAUAGCUAUGUUGCUUUGCUUAGAAGCUGAAGGCCUGUACAUAGGGCGGCACACAAUUGGCCCAGUGUCGUCCGGGUUUGGCCGUCAUUGUAAAUAAGAAUUUGUUCUUAACUGACUUGCCUAGUUAAAUAAAGGUUAAAUAUAUAAAUAAAACUGUCAAAUUGGCCAGUUUGGUCUUUAGAGCUAGUGUGUGUGAGCUUGCGUACAUGUGUGUGUUGCAGUAGACCUACAUCUGUGUCUAUACUCCCAUAGCUCCGGGCCCAGAACCAAGUAUUGAAGAAGGGCGUGGUAGAUGAGCAGGCCAGCUCCACCUCUCUGAAGGUACACAACCAUUCUGAGCCCAUUGGAAUAGUGUUGCACAUUUCUCAUUUUCCCCUCAGAAAUCCUGGUUAAUUGAUUCCUGGAACCAGGAGGAAAUACAGUGGCUUGCGAAAGUAUUCACCCCCCUUGGCAUUUUUCCUAUUUUGUUGCCUUACAACCUGGAAUUAAAAUUGAUUUUUUGGGGGGGUUUGUAUCAUUUGAUUUACACAACAAUAUUUUUUUUAUUGUGAAAUAAGACAACAAAACUGAGAACUUGAGCGUGCAUAACUAUUCACCCCCCCAAAGUUAAUACUUUGUAGAGCCACCUUUUGCAGCAAUUACAGCUGCAAGUCUCUUGGGGUAUGUCUCUAUAUGUUUGGCACAUCUAGCCACUGAGGUUUUUGCCCAUUCUUCAAGGCAAAACUGCUCCAGCUCCUUCAAGUUGGAUGGGUUCCGCUGGUGUACAGCAAUCUUUAAGUCAUACCACAGAUUCUCAAUUGGAUUGAGGUCUGGGCUUUGACUAGGCCAUUCCAAUACAUUUAAAUGUUUCCCCUUAAACCACUCGAGUGUUGCUUUAGCAGUAUGCAGACAUAGCGUUAUCCUUGAUGGCCAAAAAGCUGACCAGAGUACCUUGUCCAUAUGUUUAGGGAUUCUCCCACACGCCUUUUGGGGAACACCAAACGUGUUUGCUUAUUUUUUUCUGUAAGCAAUGGCUUUUUUCUGGACACUGUUCCGUAAAGCCCAGCUCUGUGGAGUGUACGGCUUAGUGGUCCAAUCUCCGCUGUGGAGCUUUGCAGCUCCUUCAGGGUUAUCUUUGGUCUCUUUGUUGCCUCUGAUUAAUGCCCUCCUUGCCUGGUCUGUGAGUUUUGGUGGGCGGCCCUCUCUUGGCAGGUUUGUUGUGGUGCCAUAUUCUUUCCAUUUUUUAAUAAUGAAUUUAAUGGUGCUCUGUGGGAUAUUCAAAGUUUCAGAUAUUUUUUUAUAACCCAACCCUGAGCUGUACUUCUCCACUACUUUGUCCCUGACCUGUUUGGAGAGCUCCUUGGUCUUCAUUGUGCCGCUUGCUUAGUGGUGUUGCAGACUCUGGGGCCUUUCAGAACAGGUGUGUGUGUAUAUAUACUGAGAUCAUGUGACAAAUCAUGUGACACUUAGAUUACACACAGGUGGACUUUAUUUAACUAAUGAUGUGACUUCUGAAGGUAAUUGGUUGCACCAGAUCUUAUUUAGGGGCUUCAUAGCAAAGGGGUGAAUACAUAUGCACACACCACUUUUCCGUUAUUUAUUUUUUAGCAUUUUUUGAAACAAGUAAUUUUCUUUCGAUUUCACUUCACCAUUUUGGACUAUUUUGUGUAUGUCCAUUACAUGAAAUCCAAAUAAAAAUCCAUUUAAAUUACAGGUUGUAAUGCAACAAAAUAGGAAAAACGCCAAGGGGGUUGAAUACUUUUGCAAGGCACUGUAAGGUGGAAUGGAACCCUCCAACCAGGAUUUCAACAACAACAAAAAACUGGGAGAUUUGACUUGAAAGGCCUUGUAUGCAUUCAGUAGGGCUGUGGCACUCAUGAAAUGUUGUCAGACGGUUAUUGUCAUGCAAAUGACUGCGGUCUCACGGUAAUUGACCGUUAACAUGCUUAGCAUCUCCAGGCCUCCACCAUACAAAGCUGCUGAUGCGCCCUUUUGGAACAUCUACAUGUAAAAAAGUAUAAUAAAUCCUUUUAAUAUACACCGUCACAAUAAAUCCAUUAUUUUAGGCAGGUCUAAGUAAACAUUAUGAUAUGAAGAAAAUGUAUUUUAGAAGAACCAAAUGAGUCGGCCUGCUGUAUGUUAUCUGGCUAUGUUCCAUGCCAUAGGCUGUAGGCUUGUUCAUUUAGUAGACAAGAUAUGUUUAAAAGACCCGUGCCAUUAUUUUAUAUGAUAUGAUUUUAUUGUAAUAAUAAUAUAUACAGAACAAAAAUAUAAACGCAACAUGUAAAGUGUUGGUCCCAUUUUUCAUGAGCUGAAAUAAAAGAUGUCAGAAAUGUUCCAUAUGCAAAAAAAGCUUAUCUCUCAAAUUUGGUGCACAAAUUUGUUUACAUCCCUCUUAGUUAGCAUUUCUCCUUUGGCAAAAUAAUCCAUCGACCUGACAGGUGUGGCAUAUCAAGAAGGUGAUUAAACAGCAUGAUCAUUACAUAGGUGCACCUUGUGCUGUGGAAAAUAAAAGGCCACUCUAAAAUGUGCAGUUUUGUCACACAACACAAUGCCACAGAUGUCUUAAGUUUUGAAUGAGCAUGCAAUUGGCAUGCUGACUGCAGGAAUGUCCAACAGAGCGGUUGCCAGAGAAUUGAAUGUUCAUUUCUCUACCAUAAGAUUCCUCCAACGUCAUUUUAGAGAAUUUGGCAGUACAUCCAACCAGCCUCACAACCGCAGACCACGUGUAACCACGCCAGCCCAGGACCUCCACAUCCGGCUUCUUCACCUGCGGGAUUGCCUGAGGAGGGGGAGGGGGGAACCAGUCCAUCCAGUAUGCAUAAUAAUACAGUCCACACUCAAAGGCCAUUACUAGAAUUACAAUGGGGGGGGGAAAGUAUUUAGUCAGCCACCAAUUGUGCAAGUUCUCCCACUUAAAAAGAUGAGAGAGGCCUGUAAUUUUCAUCAUAGGUACACGUCAACUAUGACAGACAAAUUAAGAGAAAAGAAAUCCUGAAAAUCACAUUGUAGGAUUUUUAAUGAAUUUAUUUGCAAAUUAUGGUGGAAAAUAAGUAUUUGGUCACCUACAAACAAGCAAGAUUUCUGGCUCUCACAGACCUGUAACUUACAUUUACAUUUUAGUCAUUUAGCAGACGCUCUUAUCCAGAGCGACUACAAAUUGGUGCAUUCACCCUAUAGCCAGUGGGAUAACCACUUUACAAUUAUACUUUUUUUUUUUCUUUUUUUUGGGGGGGUGGGUAGAAGGAUUACUUUAUCCUAUCCCAGGUGUUCCUUAAAGAGGUGGGGUUUCAAAUGUCUCCGGAAGGUGGUGAGUGACUCCGCUGUCCUGGCGUCGUGAGGGAGCUUGUUCCACCAUUGGGGUGCCAGAGCAGCGAACAGCUUUGACUGGGCUGAGCGGGAACUAUGCUUCCGCAGAGGAAGGGGAGCCAGCAGGCCAGAGGUGGAUGAACGCAAUGCCCUCGCCUGGGUGUAGGGACUGAUCAGAGCCUGAAGGUACGGAGGUGCCGUUCCCCUCACUGCUCCAUAGGCAAGCACCAUGGUCUUGUAACGGAUGCGAGCUUCAACUGGAAGCCAGUGGAGUGUGCGGAGGAGGGGGGUGACGUGAGAAAACUUGGGAAGGUUGAACACCAGACGGGCUGCGGCAUUCUGGAUGAGUUGUAGGGGUUUAAUGGCACAGGCAGGGAGCCCAGCCAACAGCGAGUUGCAGUAAUCCAGACGGGAGAUGACAAGUGCCUGGAUUAGGACCUGUGCCGCUUCCUGUGUAAGGCAGGGUCGUACUCUCCGAAUGUUGUAGAGCAUGAACCUGCAGGAUCGGGUCACCGCCUUGAUGUUGGCGGAGAACGACAGGGUGUUGUCCAGGGUCACGCCAAGGCUCUUCGCACUCUGGGAGGAGGACACAACGGAGUUGUCAACCGUGAUGGCGAGAUCAUGGAACGGGCAGUCCUUCCCCGGGAGGAAGAGCAGCUCCGUCUUGCCAGGGUUCAGCUUGAGGUGGUGAUCCGUCAUCCAUACUGAUAUGUCGGCCAGACAUGCAGAGAUGCGAUUCGCCACCUGGUUAUCAGAAGGGGGAAAGGAGAAGAUUAGUUGUGUAUCGUCAGCGUAGCAAUGAUAGGAGAGGCCAUGUGAGGAUAUGACAGAGCCAAGUGACUUGGUGUAUAGGGAGAAAAGGAGAGGGCCUAGAACUGAGCCCUGGGGGACACCAGUGGUGAGAGCACGUGGUGCGGAGACAGCUUCUCGCCACGCCACUUGGUAGGAGCGACCGGUCAGGUAGGACGCAAUCCAGGAGUGAGCCGCGCCGGAGAUGCCCAGCUCGGAGAGGGUGGAGAGGAGGAUCUGAUGGUUCACUGUAUCAAAGGCAGCAGACAGGUCUAGAAGGACAAUAGCAGAGGAGAGAGAGUUAGCUUUAGCAGUGCGGAGAGCCUCCGUGACACAGAGAAGAGCAGUCUCAGUUGAAUGACCAGUCCUGAAACCUGACUGGUUUGGAUCAAGAAGGUCAUUCUGAGAGAGAUAGCAAGAGUUGGCUAAAGACGGCACGCUCAAUAGUUUUGGAAAGAAAAGAAAGAAGGGAUACUGGUCUGUAGUUGUUGACAUCAGUGGGAUCGAGUGUUGGUUUUUUGAGAAGGGGUGCAACUCUCGCUCUCUUGAAGACGGAAGGGACAUGGCCAGCGGUCAAGGAUGAGUUGAUCAGCGAGGUGAGGUAGGGGAGAAGGUCACCGGAGAUGGUCUGGAGAAGAGAGGAGGGGAUGGGGUCAAGCGGGCAGGUUGUUGGGCGGCCUGCAGUCACUAGUCGCAAGAUUUUAUCUGGAGAGAGAGGGGAGAAAGAAGUCAAAGCAUAGGGUAGGGCAGUGUGAGCAGGACCAGCAGUGUCAUUAGACUUAACAAACGAGGAUCGGAUGUCGUCAACCUUCUUUUCAAAGUGGUUGACAAAGUCAUCCACAGAGAGGGAGGAGGAGGGGGGGGGGGGGGGAGGAUUCAGCAGUGAGGAGAAUGUGGCAAAGAGCUUCCUAGGGUUAGAGGCAGAUGCUUGGAAUUUAGAGUGGUAGAAAGUGGCCUUAGCAGCAGAAACAGAUGAAGAAAAUGUAGAGAGGAGGGAGUGAAAAGAUGCCAGGUCGGCAGGGAGUUUAGUUUUCUUCCAUUUCCGCUCAGCUGCCCGGAGCUCUGUUCUGUGAGCUCGCAAUGAGUCAUCAAGCCACAGAGCUGGAGGGGAGGACCGAGCCGGCCGGGAGGAUAGGGGACACAGGGAGUCAAAGGAUGCAGAAAGGGAGGAGAGGAGGGUUGAGGAGGCAGAAUCAGGAGAUUGGAGGGAGAAGGAUUGAGCAGAGGGAAGAGAUGAUAGGAUGGAAGAGGAGAGAGUAGUGGGAGAGAGAGAGCGAAGGUUGCGGCGGCGCGUUACCAUCUGUGUAGGGGCAGAGUGAGUAGUGUUGGAGGAGAGCGAGAGAGAAAAGGAUACAAAGUAGUGGUCGGAGACAUGGAGGGGAGUUGCAGUGAGAUUAGUAGAAGAGCAACAUCUAGUAAAGAUGAAGUCAAGCGUAUUGCCUGCCUUGUGAGUGGGGGGGGAUGGUGAGAGGGUGAGGUCAAAAGAGGAGAGGAGUGGAAAGAAGGAGGCAGAGAGAAAUGAGUCAAAUGUAGACGUGGGGAGGUUGAAAUCCCCCAGAACUGUGAAGGGUGAGCCAUCCUCAGGAAAGGAACUUAUCAAGGCGUCAAGCUCAUUGAUGAACUCUCCAAGGGAACCUGGAGGGCGAUAGAUGACAAGGAUAUUAAGCUUAAAUGGGCUAGUGACUGUGACAGCGUGGAAUUCAAAUGAGGAGAUAGACAGAUGGGUUAGGGGAAAAAUGGAGAAUGACCACUUGGGAGAGAUGAGGAUUCCUGUGCCACCACCCCUCUGACCAGAUGCUCUCGGGGUAUGCGAGAACACAUGGUCAGACGAGGAGAGAGCAGUAGGAGUAGCAGUGUUUUCAGUGGUAAUCCAUGUUUCCGUCAGUGCCAGGAAGUCGAGGGACUGGAGGGUAGCAUAGGCUGGGAUGAAGUCAGCCUUGUUGGCGGCAGAACGGCAGUUCCAGAGGCUGCCUGAGACCUGGAACUCCAGGUGUGUGGUGCGUGCAGGGACCACCAGGUUAGAGAGGCAGCAGCCACGCGGUGUGAGGCGUUUGUGUAGCCUGUGCGGAGAGGAGAGAACAGGGAUAGGCAGAGGCAUAGUUGACAGGCUGCAGCAUAUGGCUACAAUAAUGCAGAGGAGAUCGGGAUGAAAUGAACUAAACAUCAGGGAAAGGAGAGAGCAGGCCUCCCUCACCAAAAAAAAAAAUAUAUAUAUAUAUAACUCUCCCAACUUCCACCUCAGAAACUAUAAUUGUUUCACUGAACCACCAGAGUAAAACUCUCCCAACUUCCACUUUAGAAAUUAUAAUUGUUGUAAACUACAGCAGACUGUUAUCAGUAGCUGUAAUUAAGUACAGCAGCUACCAACCACCUAACGUUAAUGCCUCGGAUGAGGUUAGAAAAACAGCUGAAUGGUAGCAGCUAGCUGGCUCAAUCACAGGUACUCUUAAGCAUGAAAUAACAUUGGAAACAAUUAACCACAGUUGCAAAAAGUUACCAGUAGCUACCCGCUAGCUAGCUAGCUUUGUUGGUCCAAGUAGUGGGUAGGCUAGCCUCGUGCUUCGCCGGAGUCCGCCGAAUACAGUCCUUACCUACAAUAAUUACCUACAAUAACCUUCAAUAACUACCUGAGUAAGCUACCUAUAAUACCAAACUACAAUACCUACCUACAAUCUAAAUACAUGGUUUAAGCUUAACUCAACACCAUAUAAGAAGCCAAGCUUACCUUUCAUAACGCAGCAACGAUUAAACGUUGGGUAGCUAGCACAAAGAUAUUGUAUUUAGCUACCACAGUACAGCCUGCUGGUAGUGUUGGCUGGCUAGCAAUGGCUACUGUGUUGACUUUGUUUGAAAAACGGCGUCGCUGCGAACGAAUGUAGCUGGCUAAAAGGAUAUUGUUUUUAGUUGCAACCGUUGCUAAUAGCAACUCGCCAGCUAAUCCAGGAGGUGAGUUAGCUAGCUAGCUUCGUGCUACAUCCGGCACCGCCGAAUACAAAAGUAACCUACAAUAACUACACAACAGCUACCCACAACAGCCCACGAUGCCUACCUAUACUACUUAAUAAUAUACAGCCCACGAUGCCUACCUAUAGUACCUAACUACAAUCUAAAUACAUAGUUUAAGCCUUACUCGACAAAGCCCAAGCUAUGUAUAAAGCCAAACUGGCAGACUGCAAUCAGUAGCCGAAAUUAAGUACAGCAGCUACCAACCACCUAACGUUAAUGAUAAUGAGGUUAGAAAAACAGCUGAAGGUGGCAGCUAGCUGGCUCAAUUACAGGUACUCUUAAGCGUGAAAUAACAUUGGAAAUAGCUAACCACAGUUGCUAAAAGUUACCGGUAGCUACCCGCUAGCUAGCUAGCUUUGUUGGUCCAAGUAGUGGGUAGGCUAGCCUCGUGCUUCGCCGGAGUCCGCCGAAUACAGUCCUUACCUACAAUAAUUACCUACAAUAACCUACAAUAACUACCUGAGUAAACUACCUAUACUACCUAACUACAAUACCUACCUACAAUCUAAAUACAUGGUUUAAGCUUUACUCAACACCAUAUAAGAAGCCAAGCUUACCUCCUGCUAGAGAAAACACAACCUCUCCCGUCAGCAUCCCAGACGGAAUUCAUCCCAACUUCUUCUUUAAGAGGCUCCUCUGUCCUCCACUCGUUACCUGUAUUAAUGGCACCUGUUUGAACUUGUUAUCAGUAUAAAAGACACCUGUCCACAACCUCAAACAGUCACACUCCAAACUCCACUAUGGCCAAGACCAAAGAUCUGUCAAAGGACACCAGAAACAAAAUUGUAGAUCUGCACCAGGCUGGGAAGACUGAAUCUGCAAUAGGUAAGCAGCUUGGUUUGAAGAAAUCAACUGUGGGAGCAAUUAUUAGGAAAUGGAAGACAUACAAGACCACUGAUAAUCUCCCUCGAUCUGGGGCUCCACGCAAGAUCUCACCCCGUGGGGUCAAAAUUAUCACAAGAACGGUGAGCAAAAAUCCCAGAACCACACGGGGAGACCUAGUGAAUGACCUGCAGAGAGCUGGGACCAAAGUAACAAAGCCUACCAUCAGUAACACACUACGCCACCAGGGACUCAAAUCCUGCAGUGCCAGACGUGUCCCCCUGCUUAAGCCAGUACAUGUCCAGGCCCGUCUGAAGUUUGCUAGAGUGCAUUUGGAUGAUCCAGAAGAGGAUUGGGAGAAUGUCAUAUGGUCAGAUGAAACCAAAAUAGAACUUUUUGGUAAACUCAACUCGUCGUGUUUGGAGGACAAAGAAUGCUGAGUUGCAUCCAAAGAACACCAUACCUACUGUGAAGCAUGGGGGUGGAAACAUAAUGCUUUGGGGCUGUUUUUCUGCUAAGGGACCAGGACGACUAAUCCGUGUAAAGGAAAGAAUGAUGGGGCCAUGUAUCGUGAGAUUUUGAGUGAAAACCUCCUUCCAUCAGCAAGGGCAUUGAAGAUGAAACGUGGCUGGGUCUUUCAGCAUGACAAUGAUCCCAAACACACCGCCCGGGCAACAAAGGAGUGGCUUCGUAAGAAGCAUUUCAAGGUCCUGGAGUGGCCUAGCCAGUCUCCAGAUCUCAACCCCGUAGAAAAUCUUUGGAGGGAGUUGAAAUUCCGUGUUGCCCAGCGACAGCCCCAAAACAUCACUGCUCUAGAGGAGAUCUGCAUGGAGGAAUGGGCCAAAAUACCAGCAACAGUGUGUGAAAACCUUGUGAAGACUUACAGAAAACGUUUGACCUGUGUCAUUUCCAACAAAGGGUAUAUAACAAAGUAUUGAGAAACUUUUGUUAUUGACCAAAUACUUAUUUUCCACCAUAAUUUGCAAAUAAAAUCAUAAAAAAUCCUACAAUGUGAUUUUCUGCAUUUUUUUUCUCAUUUUGUCUGUCAUAGUUGUCGUGUACCUAUGAUGAAAAUUACAGGCCUCAUCUUUUUAAGUGGGAGAACUUGACUAAAUACUUUUUUCCCCCACUGUAGUUUAAUUUUAGAGUAGAGGCUAGACCAAUCAUGUACCAAAGACAUCUGAAAUCUGUUUAUAUAAAAUUUAAAAAAAGGUGCGUAAUAUGCGGUAGGCUAUUAGGCAUGGUAUUGUUUAAUUAAUAUUUUUAAUGUCGGGCAUCUCCUAUAUAGGCCUAUGGGUAUGCAUGAGCUCUAAUAUGCGUAUGACUUUUCUACAGGCAACGUCUUAAAUGCUUUGAAUUAAUCAUUACCUUAAAAAGUGCUAUCCAUUUUGUUGUUUGGCUCUGAAACAAGAUCCACAACGACCAUGUUUUCCACUCAGUUUGAACCUGUUGAACUUCUUUCUUCAAAUUGAUCAUCACAGUGAGGUAAAAAAAAAAUGUCGCCUAACAGUGACUUUUAAAAGCAUGAUACUGUUUUGAUAAGUGUUUGAUGUGAUUUUCGAUUGCUUUUGCAUUGAUGUCAGAGUGGUUAGAGGGACAAUAGAGCCCUGAGUACCAGGCCAUUAGGACCUGAAAGUCGUUAGCAAGUUGGGUGCCACCAACGCAUGUCCAGAGUGCAUAAGAGGAGAUUACUGUGACUCAACAGUCACGUGGAAUUUGACUGCGGUCAUGACGGUAAUACGGUCACUGCAACAGCCCUAGCGUUCAGUCAAUGUCGUUGUAUGUGUUCAGCUCUCACUGAGCGUCUUCUCCUCCACACCUCCACUACAGGAUCAGGUGAAGCAGCGAGAGCAGAGCCUGAGGAAGGUGGAGCAGGAGAUGGAUAGUCUCACCUUCAGGAACCAGCAGCUGGCUAAGAGGGUAGAGCUGCUGCAGGAGGAACUGGCUGCCAACGAAGCCAAGGGCAAGAAGAGCAAGGUACAGACAGACACUGGUCCUCUUGCUCUGUUGGUAAAGUAUGGCGUUUGCAACGGCAGGAUAGUGGGUUUGAUUCCCGGGACCACCCAUGCGUAAGAAGUAUGCACACAUGACUGUAAGUUGCUUUGGAUAAAGGUGCCUGCUAAAUGGCAUAUAUUAGACCGGGAAGAGGGUGCACCCCACAGUCAGACAUGUCAUUUGGGAUGCAAGGUGAUUUGGCCUUUCAGUGAUUCUGAUCAGUCCGACCGCAAUGUAGUCAAUCUCAAAGGCACUUUCUCACUACCAGAACAAAGGGGAUUCCCCCUCCCAGCAGGGCUUGCAGCAGACCCAGAGUGUGUUUGAUGAGGACCUGCAGAAGAAGAUCCAGGAGAACGAGAGGCUUCACAUCCAGGUGUGUCUCUGAGACAUUGGAGUGUAUGCAUGUAUGGACAAGUGUCUACCAAUUGACUACUGGCUUUAUGAUAUUGGACUAGUUGUUUUUGUGUGCUGGUCUGUUCAUGUCUAAGGAUGAUGAUGAGGAUGAUGUUUUUAUAAUUCUUCUAAGGUAAUGCCUAAAUAAAUAUUUUCUCCUUGGAUGGACACUAAAGUUCUAUUCUGUUUUAAGUUCUAUGAGGCUGAUGAGCAGUACAGGCAGCAGGAGGCUCAGCUGAAGGUCCGGUUGGAGGAGCUGGAGAGAGACCAUGAACAACACCAGGCCGUAGUGGAUGGACUCACCUCCAAAUACAUGGACACUAUUGAGAGACUGCAGAGUGACAAGGCCACACUAGAGGUGAGAGAGGGGGAUGAAUGUGAAGGAGGGGGGUGGCUGGAGGGAGGGUAGGAGGGAGGGAGACUAGUGGAUCAACAAAUACUUGGACACUAUUGAGAAACUGCAGAGUGACAGACUAGAGGUGAGGGAGGGAGAGAGACUAGUGGACGGACUCACCAACAAAUACAUGGACACCAUUGGAAAAACUGCAGCGUGACAAGGUCCGACUAGAGGUAAGAUGGAUGGAGGGAGAGGAAUUGAAGUAGGAUGAGAGGGGCAAAACUCAUGAAUUUGUUAUUGCUGAUGAUGAAAUAGUAAUACAUGAUGCCAUUUGCUGUGUCCUCCUACAGGUGAAAUCCCAGACUCUAGAGAGGGAGACUAAAGAGUGCAGAGUUCGGACAGAGGAAUGGUAAAAACCUUGUUAUUGUAUUUCUGUAGUAGAGGACUUAAUAUGAAGGAAUAAUGAGGGUUAGAAUAAUGCAGAUGUGGGUUGUUGUGAAUGGGGAUGUAUUUAGUAUGGUCAAUGAGCGGUCGUUGACUAUCCCUCCCCCUCCCUCCUCUCCCCUCCCUCCAUCCUCCUCUCUCUCUCUCUCUCUAGUCAGCAGCAGUUGAGGAAGUGUCAGUCAGAGCUCAACAGACAGGUGAAACAGAGCAGCAGUGUCAUCCAGGAGAAAGUGCCCUUCAACGACACCAGUGAGUACUAGUUCACUAUGCAACAUUUCACUGACCCGGAUCGUGUUCAUUAGGAACCAAGCGGAAGACAACAGACUGAAACAGAGAGGGACUACCUGGAUGGGUCCAAAAACAACUGCUCAUUUGAUGUUUUCUGUUGUAGUGUUCUAAUGAACACAACCUUGUAGAACCAUCACUGAUGAUGGAUUAUCUGAUGUCUCCAUUCUAAGACAAGACACCCACACAUGUACAUGUAUAUGUAUAUACUACUAAUAUAUUACAUAUGUUCGUGAAUAAUUCCAUAUUACACUUAAAGACAUGCUCCGAAACUUUGGCGACUAGUAAGUCUUUUUUUUAAACCUCCCGCUUUGGGCUGUAUUUGUCAAUGUGUAGUUCAUACAUGCAUAACCUAUACUGAACAAAGAAUAUAAACGCAACAAUUUCAACGAUUUUACUGAGUUACAGUUCAUAUAAGGAACUCCAUCCAUUGAAAUAAAUUCAUUAGGCCCUAAUCUAUGGAUUUCACAUGACGGGGCGGGGGCUCAGCCCACUGGGGAGCCAGGCCCAACCAGUCCAAUGAGUUUUUUCCCACAAAAUGGUUUUAUUACAGACAAAAAUACUCCUCAGUUUCAUCAGCUCUUCGGGUGUCCCACAGGUGAAGAAGCCGGAUGUGGAGGUCCUGGGCUGGCGUGGUUACACGCGGUCUGCGAUUGUGAGGCCGAUUGGAAGUACUGCCAAAUUCUGUAAAACGACGUUGGAGGCGGCUUAUGGUAGAGAAAUGAACAUUACAUUCUCUGGCAACAGCUCUGGUGGACAUUCCUGCAGUCAGCAUGCCAAUUGCAUGCUCCCUCAAAACUUGAGACUUCUGUGGCGUUGUGACAAAACUGCACAUUUUACAGUGGCCUUUUAUUGUCCCCAGCACAAGGUGCAACUGUUUAAUGAUCAUGCUGUUUAAUCAGCUUCUUGAUAUGCCACACCUGUCAGGUGGAUGGAUUAUCUUGGCAAAGGAGAAAUGCUCACUAACAGGGAUGUAAACAAAUUUGUGCACAACAUAGAAAUACGCUUUUUGUGCGUAUGGACAAUUUCUGGGAUCUUUUAUUUCAGCUCAUGAAACAUGGGACCAACACUUUACUUUUUGCGUUUAUAUUUUUGUUCAGUAUAUGAGCAGAAGUACUACCCUGAAAUCUUUCCUUUAAAUUUCCCUCCCUUUUUCUCCAGAGUUCAGUGACUACAACAGCCUCAAUGUUCCGCCACACAACAGAAGACACCAGGUAGAGGAAGCCCUAUAGAAUGAUCCAGGAUUAUUGAUGUGUAUUGUGGAGUUCUUUCCUUGUAUUUUAUAGAACAGUCCGUGCUCGAGCCUCCAUUGUCAGCGUGAAUAUGUGGUCCAGAGUUUUUGUAGUAAUCUCCUCUGUCUCACUCUCCUCUCCUCCAGUUGAAGGCCCGAGACGUGGCUGGUCAGGCCCUAGGCUUCGUCCAGGACCUAGUGGGGGCUCUGUUAAACUUCCACUCCUACACAGAGCAGAGGGUGCACAUCUACCCCCUGGAUUCCUCUAUCGAACCCAUCUCACCACUCAACCAGAAGGUGAGGACACACACACACACACAAUGUCUCUUCCCCGACAUCCUUUAAAGGGACAAACAGCAGUUAGUACAUCCAUUUCUGGACUUAUAAAUUAAUAUAUACCCAUUGGUUCUUGCUUAGUUUUUACUGUCAUACCCCAUCAUAACCCAAAAUAGAAGCUUGUUUUACUCCAAUGUUUGUAAACAAUGUAAACAAACACUAUAGCCUCAAAACAUGGUUCAAUCUAUAAUGUUGGUGUCAUUGAUGGUCAGUCCUUGCAUCCAUAUCUCUGUUAAUGAGUCUGAGUUGUUACAUUUCUCCAGCCCCUCCCUCAGCUUUUUAGCCAAUCAGUGGCGGGGAGAACGCUUUAUCGUUUAUACUGCUGAUUUGCCGCCUUAAACAUGUUAAAAUGUUUAGUAAUUUAGCAGAUGUUCUUGUCCAUAGUGACUUACAACAAGCACUUUCAUCUGAAGUAGUUAAGAACCUCUCCUCUUCUCUCCAGUUCUCCCAGUAUCUGCAUGAGAAUGCAGCCUAUGUGCGCCCCCUGGAGGAAGGACUAGUGCAACUAUACCAGAGCAUCACAGAGGACACAGUAACAGUACUGGAGACUGUGGGGAAACUCAAGGACUUUGCUGAUCACUUCACAUCCUACACCCACUUUCUGCAGAAGAUUCUACCAUACCAGCUCAAAAGGUCAGUACUCAUUACAUUAGGUGUGUGUGGGGGAGCUGUAUAUAUUUGCAUCCAUCUGGAUGGGGGUUUUCCUCCUCAUGCUCCUCUAUUCUCCCCCCAGUCUAGAGGAAGAGUGCAGGGCUCCUUUGUGUACCUCGUCUCUCACCUCUAAGAACCAGGAGCUGCAGAGUGACAUGAAGAGAAUCACGUCAGUGUUCGACAAACUACACAGCUACAUCAUCCUACUGGCCUUACCUAGUGAGUUAUAUCAUCCUACUGGCCGUACCUAGUGAGUUAUAUCAUCCUACUGGCCGUACCUAGUGAGUUAUAUCAUCCUACUGGCCGUACCUAGUGAGUUAUAUCAUCCUACUGGCCGUACCUAGUGAGUUAUAUCAUCCUACUGGCCGUACCUAGUGAGUUAUAUCAUCCUACUGGCCGUACCUAGUGAGUUAUAUCAUCCUACUGGACGUACCUAGUGAGUUAUAUCAUCCUACUGGCCGUACCUAGUGAGUAGUGUCGAUCUGGAGGAAAAUAAUUUGCUGUAUCCUGUAAUUUGCUGUAUCCUGUAUUCGUCUUGAAUAAUUUAAGUGUAAUGUAUAGCCUUGAUAACUAACUUAUUUGUCAAACUGUAUAGCUACUGUCUGGGGGAAUAGAGGAGAGGGAGGAUCCUUUCCUAGUGAGUGAUGGGGGACUAGAGGAGAGGGAAGAUCCUUUCCUAGUGAGUGAUGGGGACUAGAGGAGAAGGAGGAUCCUUUCCUAGUGAGUGAUGGGGACUAGAGGAGAAUGAGGAUCCUUUCCUAGUGAGUGAUGGGGACUAGAGGAGAAGGAGGAUCCUUUCCUAGUGAGUGAUGGGGACUAGAGGAGAAGGAGGAUCCUUUCCUAGUGAGUGAUGGGGACUAGAGGAGAAGGAGGAUCCUUUCCUAGUGAGUGAUGGGGACUAGAGGAGAAGGAGGAUCCUUUCCUAGUGAGUGAUGGGGACUAGAGGAGAAGGAGGAUCCUUUCCUAGUGAGUGAUGGGGACUAGAGGAGAAGGAGGAUCCUUUCCUAGUGAGUGAUGGGGACUAGAGGAGAAGGAGGAUCCUUUCCUAGUGAGUGAUGGGGACUAGAUGAGAAGGAGGAUCCUUUCCUAGUGAGUGAUGGGGACUAGAGGAGAAGGAGGAUCCUUUCCUAGUGAGUGAUGGGGACUAGAGGAGAGGGAGGAUUCAGAAGGGUUGGGGUGAAGCAGCAGACUCAUUUCAGUUUCCCUCUGACAAUGGCCAAUAAAGUAAUGUUCUAGACGAAGCUGGGCCUAGUUGGGGUAAUUUCCUCAAGACCCUAAUGGGUCUGAUAUUACAUGACCGGUAGCUCCAGUACAGUAUAUCAGGGUUGAAGUUAGGUAUAGACACAGUAGUAAUGUUUCCAAUUGUUUUCCAGGUGUUCGACAGGACGCCAUGCCCCAGAGCAGUUCCUCUGCUGUCUUCACCCAGCUGGCUGCCUGUCUACACAGCCUUCACGACGCCGUCAAAGGUGAAACAUUUUUUACUAGGAAAUAUUAUUUAUAGUUAGUGUUUUUGUAGACUAAUGUUCAAGCCACUCUCUCCUUCCAAAUCAAAGUUUAUUGGUCGCGUACACAGUUGAGCAGAUGUUAUAGCAGUUGCAGCGAAAUGCUUAUGUUACUAGCGCCUAACAAUGCAGUAAAAUGUCAAACAGGUACACACACAAUCCAUCAAAAAAACAAGAAAACUGAACAAGAAAUGUCUGUUCUUAUGUGUUCUGUAGAGAUGUCUAAAAGCCGAUUUUAUGCUUGAUCCGGUAAUCGUGAGGCUCCGUACGGAGGGUGUGACACAAUUGCGGAGCCUCCAGAGGCUUGCGGAGGCCAAAUCAAGCUCCGUACUAUUGGCAUCGCGUAACAAUGCAUGUUGUAACAAUGCGUAGGGCUCCUUAUAGCGCCCUACGAUUGGUUGACGGUAUGUGGGCGCGGUGCUUCCUGUAUAAACACAAACUCACUUCCUUGAUAACUUCUUUCACAACAGCUGACUUCUGACAUAUGAAUGCGCUGACUUCUGUGGAGGCCGCAUCGCACUUCAUGCUAUAUGGCCAAUGCAGACGCUGGAAUGACCUUAAAUGGGCUUUAAGCUUAACCCUUAUGAAUCAGUAUACCUGCAGGGUUCAAGUAAGGUGGAACCGAUAACUGUAAGUCCCCUGGCCCUUCCUUUAUGUACGUAGAGAUGUCUAAACCCCUUCUCUCCUUUUCUUUGUCUGUAGAGAUUAUUAUGUACAGUGCAUUCGGAAAGUAUUCAGACCCCUUGACUUUUUCCACAUUUUGUUACGUUUCAGCCUUAUUCCAAAAUUUUACAAAAAAAAUUAAAAAAUCCCUCAUCAAUCUACACACAAUACCCCAUAAUGACAAAGCAUAAACAGAUUUUUAGAAAUCUUUGCUAAUUUAUUUAAAAUAAAAAACGGAAAUAUAACAUUUACAUAAGUAUUCAGACCCUACAAGCUUGGCACACCUGUAUUUGGGCAGUUUCUCCCAUUCUUCUCUGCAGAUCCUCUCAAGCUCUGUCAGGUUGGAUGGGGAGCGUCGCUGCACAGCUAUUUUCAGGUCUUUCCAGAGAUGUUCAAUCGGGUUCAAGUCCAGGCUCUGGCUGGGCCACUCAAGGACAUUCAGAGACUUGUCCCGAAGCCACUCCUGCGUUGUCUUUGCUGUGUGCUUAGGGUCGUUGUCCUGUUGGAUGGUGAACCUUCACCCCAGUCUGAGGUCCUGAGCGCUCUGAAGCAGGUUUUCAUCAAGGAUCUCUCUGUAAUUUGCUCCGUUCAUCUUUGCCUCAAUCCUGACUAGUCUCCCAGUCCCUGCCGCUGAAAAACAUUCCACAGCAUGAUGCUGCCACCACCAUGCUUCACCGUAGGGAUGGUGCCAGGUUUCCUCCAGACGUGACGCUUGGCAUUCAGGCCAAAGAGUUCAAUCUUGUUUUCAUCAGACCAGAGAAUCUUGUUUCUCAUGGUCUGAGAGUCUUUAGGUGCCUUUUACUGAGGAGUGGCUUCUGUCUGGCCACUCUACCAUAAAGGCCUGAUUGGUGGAGUGCUGCAGAGAUGGUUGUCCUUCUGGAAGGUUCUCCCAUCUCCACAGAGGAACUCUGGAGCGCUGACAGAGUGACCAUUGGGUUCUUGGUCACCUCCCUGACCAAGGCCCUUCUCCCCCGAUUGCUCAGUUUGGCCGGCCGGCCAGCUCUAGGAAGAGUCUUGGUGGUUCCAAACUUCUUCCAUUUAAGAAUGAUGGAGGCCACUGUGUUCUUGGGGUCCUUCAAUGCUGCAGAAAUUUUUUGGUACCCUUCCCCAGAUCUGUGCCUCAACACAAUCCUGUCUCGGAGCACAACAGACAAUUCCAUCGACCUCACGGCUUGGUUUUUGCUCUGACUUGCACUGUCAGCUGUGGGACCUUAUAUAGAUAGGUGUGUGCCUUUCCAAAUCAUGUCCAAUCAAUUGAAUUUACCACAAGUGGACGUCAAUCAAGUUGUAGAAACAUCUCAGGGAUGAUCAAUGGAAACAGGAUGCACAGGAGCUAUAUUUCGAGUCUCAUAGCAAAGGGUCUGAAUACUUAUGAAUACCUAUGUAAAUAAGCUAUUUCUGGUCUUUCAAUUUUUAUAAAUUUGUAAACAUUUCUAAAAAACCUGUUCGCUUUGUCAUUAUGGGGUAUUGUGUGUAGGUUGCUGAGGAUUGUCUUUUUUAAAUCCAUUUUAGAAUAAGCCUGAAACUUAACAAAAUGUGGAAGAACUCAAGGGGUCUGAAUACUUUCCGAAGGCACUGUAUGUAUAAGCUAAGUCUCUGUCUCGGUCUCUCUCUCUCUCUAUAGAGAUGUCUAAGCACUACAGCCGGAAGGCCAGUCUGGAACAACAGUUGCCUACAGUCACUCAGAAGCUCCGCACCACUAACGAGUGUCUGCUGGCUUCCCUGGGCGUGCUCACCAACAGCACCGGCAAGGUAGGACCAUGUACCACUAUUCAAACACUGGGUUAGACCAGCAAGACACUGGGUGUGCUCACCAACGGUACUGGCAAGUUGAUACUUAGCAGAUAGACACUGUUAUCCAAACCAACUAACAGCACUGCCAACGAGUGUCUGCUGGCAUCACUGGUCAUCACUAGUUACCACAGCCAUGAAGUCAUAAACCCCGCCUAUUUCUAAAAUGUGUCUUCUUAAAAUGUGAUUUUAAACCUAAUCUUAACCACACUGCUAACCUUAACCCAAACCUUAAAGGAAUACUUCAGGAUUUUGGCGAUGAAGCCCUUUGUCUUCUUCUCCAGAGUCAGAUGAACUUGUGGAACUUCCAUUUUCAUGUCUCUGCAUGCAGGAUUUUGCCUGUGCUUCCCUCCGUUCUAUUUCUUUCUUAUCCUGAAAAACUCCCCAGUCCUUAACAAUUACAAGCAUACCCAUAACAUGAAACAGCCACCACUAUGCUUGAAAAUAUGGAGAGUGGUACUCAGUAAUGUAUUGGAUUUGCCCCACUAAUACCACUUUGUAUUCAGGACGAAAAGUGAAUUGCUUUGCCACAUUUUUGGCAGUAUUACUUUAGUGCCUUGUUGCAAACAAGAUGCAUGUUUUUGAAUAUUUAUAUUAUGUACAGGCUUCCUUCUUUUUCACCAGCUCAAUUAGGUUAGGAUUGUGGAGUAACUACAAUGUUGUUGAUCCAUCCUCAGUUUUCUCCUAUCACAGCCAUUGAACUCUGUAACUGUUUUAAAUUCACCAUUGGCCUCAUGUUGACAUCCCUGAGCGGUUUCCUUCCUCUCCAGCAAUUGAGUUAUGAAGGAUGCCUGUAUCUUUGUAGUGACUGGGUGUAUUGAUACACCAUCCAAAGUGUAAUUAAUAACUUAAUCUGUAUGUACAGUGCAUUCUGAAAAUAUUCAGACCCCUUGACUUUUUCCACAUUUUGUUACAGCCUUAUUCUAAAUUGGAUAAAAUAAAAUAAAAUCCUCAUCAAUCUACAAACAAUACCCCAUAAUGACAAAGCGAAAACAGGUUUUUGGAAAUGUUUGCAAAUGUAUUAAAAAUAAAAAACAUACCAUAUUCACAUUUUUAUUUUACCUUUAUUUAACUAGGCAAGUCAGUUAAGAACAAAUUCUUAUUUACAAUGACGGCCUACACCGGCCAAACCCGGACGACGCUGGGCCAAUUGUGCGCCGCCCUAUGGGACUCCCAAUCACGGCCGGUUGUAAUACAGCGUGGAAUCGAACCAGGGGGUCUGUAGUGACGCCUCAAGCCCUGAGAUGCAGUGCCUUAGACCGCUGCGCCACUCGGGAGCCCAGACCCUUUGCUAUGAGACUCGAAAUUGAGCUCAGGUGCAUCCGGUUUCCAUUGAUCAUCUUUGAGAUGUUUCUACAACUUGAUUGGAGUCCACCUGUGGUAAAUUCAAUUGAUUGGACAUGAUUUGGAAAGGCACACACCUGUCUAAAUAAGGUCCCACAGUUGAGAGUGCAUGUCAGAGGAAAAACCAAGCCAUGAGGUCGAAGGAAUUCUCUGUAGAGCUCCGAGACAGGAUUGUGUCAAGGCACAUAUCUGAAGGGUACCAAAACAUUUCUGCAGCAUUAAAGGUCCCCCAAAACACAGUGGCCUUCAUAAUUCUUAAAUGGAAGAAGUUUGGAACCACCAAGACUCUGCUUAGAGCUGGCCGCCCGGCCAAACUGGGCAAUCGGGGGAGAAGGGCCUUGGUCAGGGAGGUGACCAAGAACCUGAUGGUCACGGACAGAGCUCCAGAGUUCCUCUGUGGAGAUGGGAGAACCUUCCAGAAGGACAACCAUCUCUGCAGCACUCCACCAAUCAGGCCUUUAUGGUAGAGUGGCCAGACGGAAGCCACUCCUCAGUAAAAGGCACACGACAGCCCACUUGGAGUUUGCCAAAAGGCACCUAAAGGACUCUGACCAUGAGAAACAAAAUUCUCUGGUCUGAUGAAACCAAGACUGAACUCUUUGGCCUGAAUGCCAAGCGUCACGUCUGGAGGAAACCUGGCACCAUCCCUACGGUGAAGCGUGGUGGCAGCAUCAUGCUGUGGGGAUGUUUUUCACCGGCAGGGACUGGGAGACUAGUCAGGAUCGAGGGAAAGAUGAACAGAGCAAUGUACAGAGACCCUUCGGACAGGUAGCGUUCUCCUGGCAUCCUCCAAACCCAGAUUAGUCCAUCAGACUGCCAGAUGGUGCAGCUUUACACCACUCCAGCCAAUGCUUGGCAUUGCGCAUGGUGAUCUUAGGCUUGUGUGCGGCUGCACGGCCAUGGAAACCCAUUUCAUGAAGCUCCCGACGAACGGUUAUUGUGCUGACGUUGCUUCCAGAGCGCUCAGGACCUCAGACUGGGGCGAAGGUUCACCUUCCAACAGGACAACGACCCUAAGCAUACUGCCAAGACAACGCAGGAGUGGCUUCGGAACAAGUCUCUGAAUGUCCUUGAGUGGCCCAGCCAGAGUCCGGACUUGAACCUGAUCGAACAUCUCUGGAGAGACCUGAAAAUACCUGUGCAGCGACUCUCCCCAUCCAACCUGACAGAGCUUGAGAGGAGCUGCAGAGAAGAAUGGGAGAAACUCCCCAAAUAUAUAGUUGUGCUAAGCUUGUAGCGUCAUAGCCAAGAAGGCUCGAGGCUGUAAUCGCUUCAACAAAGAACUGCGUAAAGGGUCUGAACUUUUUUUUAUUUAAUUUGUUUUAAAAAAAUCAUUUUUGUUUUUUAAAAUCUGUUCUUGCUUUGUUAUUAUGGGGUAUUUGAUGAGUAGAUUUGAGGGGGGAAAAAACCAUUUCAUCCAUUUUUAGAAUAAGGCUGUAACAAAACAAAAUGUGGAAAAAGGUGUCUGAAUACUUUCUGAAUGCUCUGUACAUAUUACCUCAACUACAUUGUACCCCUGCACAUUGACUCAGUAACGAUACCCCCUGUAUAUAGCCUCGUUAUUGUUGUUCUAUUGUGUUACUAUUUCAUUUUUUUGGCAAAAAAAAAGUACGUACUGUGUGUGUAUACAGGUGUAUAAAAUCGAGCACACCGCCAUGCAAUCUCCAUAGACAAACACUGGCAGUAGAAUGGCCUUACUGAAGAGUUCCGUGACUUUCAACGUGGCACCGUAAUAGGAUGCCACCUUUCCAACAAGUCAGUUAGUAACAUUUCUGCCCCGGUCAACUGUUAUUGUAAAGUGGAAACGUCUAGGAUCAACAACUCUUCAGCCGCGAAGUGGUAGGCCACACAAGCUCACAGAACAGGACUGCCAAGUGCUGUAGUGCGUAAAAAUCUUCUGUCCUCUGUUGCAACACUCACUACCGAGUUCCAAACUGCCUCUGGAAGCAACGUCAGCACAAUAACUGUUCGUCGGGAGCUUCAUGAAAUGGGUUUACAUGGCCGAGCAGCCGCACACAAGCCUAAGAUCACCAUGUGCAAUGCCAAGCAUUGGCUGGACUGGUGUAAAGCUCGCCGCCAUUAGACUCUGGAGCAGUGGAAACAUGUUCUCUGGAGUGAUGAAUCAAGGUUCACCAUCUGGCAGUAUGACUGAGGAAUCUGGGUUUGGCGGAUGCCAGGAGAACGCUACCUACCCGAAUGCAUAGUGCCAACUGUAAAGUUUGGUGGAGGAGGAAUAAUGGUCUGGGAGUGUUUUUCAUGGUUCGGGAUAGGCCCCUUAGUUCCAGUGAUGGGAAAUCUUAACGCAACAGCAUACAAUGACAUUCAAGAUGAUUCUGUGCUUCAAACUUUGUGGCAACAGUUAUAUAUUUUUUGUUGAUAUAUGAUCAGUAGAGUUUAAGCAGCAUUAGCAACUGCCUGGGUAUAUGGCUCAUCAACUGUGCUUAUUGGUCGUUUACAAUACAUGACCACUGAGAGGGAGGGAGAGCUCAGCUGGGGCAGAUGGGAAAUGUUCACAGAUCCGCACCAUAUCAGAGUCUUUACAGCUGUGUGCCCCAGAUAAAGGGUGGGUUUGGGGGCUUUGAAACAGACAGAACAGUGAGUGUAUAUACAUUAGAAGCAUGUGUAUGAGAGCCCUGCAGGAAUUGAACACGCGACCUUACCAACUGAUCCACGCAGAGUCCUUGGAGAGUUAGGUUAACCAACUGAUCCACGCAGAGUCCUUGGAGCGUUAGGUUAACCAACUGAUCCACGCAGAGUCCUUGGAGCGUUAGGUUAACCAACUGAUCCACACAGAGUCCUUGGAGUGUUAGGUUAACCAACUGAUCCACACCGAGUCCUUGGAGCGUUAGGUUAACCAACUGAUCCACACCGAGUCCUUGGAGCGUUAGGUUAACCAACUGAUCCACACAGAGUCCUUGGAGCGUUAGGUUAACCAACUGAUCCACACCGAGUCCUUGGAGCGUUAGGUUAACCAACUGAUCCACGCAGAGUCCUUGGAGCGUUAGGUUAACCAACUGAUCCACGCAGAGUCCUUGGAGCGUUAGGUUAACCAACUGAUCCACGCAGAGUUUUGGAGCAUUAGGCUAGUAGUUAGUAGUGGUGUAUAGUCUCAGAAUAAUGUGUUGUAGUGUUUAGUAACGAGAGUCCAGGCUAGAGGUUUAUGAUCAGGAGUGAGAACACUUUAAUGGACACAUGCGCGCCGCACACACACGGUCAGGACACUUGUAGAGCUGUCGUCAUCCUUCACCUGAUCUAGCUGUGUGUGUGGAGGCCAUCCUCACCAGAGCAUUUUAUAGAUGUCUUUUCUAGGGUCUAAAGUAAACAUCCUGUCCUCAGGAGAGGUUUAGAGUGUUCAACAGGGACGUCCACUGCUCACUCAGAGGACUGUUUAUUCUGAGGUUAGCAAAAGAUUUGGUUCAUGUCUUUUACGACUACUGUAAUAUAUUUUACACGUUUCCUGAGGGUAAGUAGAAGAGGUGGAUACGCAACCUGUUCUGUUUUGGUAUUAUAGUUGUAAUAGUGAAUAGGCCUGUUUUUAGUCUACAGUUGCCUGGCUGGUGAAUGCACCAGACACAGACUGUGUUUGAGGUGUUAGUGAUGGAAUGCUCUGGGCUGGCUGCGGAGUUCCAGACUUCCACGACUGUAUUCCAGAGUUCUAUAAGAAGGAUGUUUACCAUGAGGUGAUGAGGGCUGGGGUGAUCGAAGACUGGCUCAAUUAAUCUUUCUCAAGGUCCCUCCCCUCAGACAGUCUUCUCCAAUGUAUUUUGAAAAGGAGGCGAGGAGAUAAGUUGGGUGGAGUCGAGGAAAGAUUGAGAAAGAAACCGGGACAACAGUGGUAGGAGUGUGUAUGAGAUCUGUCUGAAUUCUGUCAACCCUUCCUUGACUGCACCCACUGAUCUCCUUAAAGGAACAGUGAUGUAGUUCUGUAGGAUAAGUGUGUGUAGGAAAGUUUGACUUGGUGUUAUGGGGCUGUUUAAGUCUGUACAGGGAAGUUAAAGUUUGUCAUGAAUCAGAUUUUAUAAACUCAUUUCACAUUCAUUUGUUUGUUUUAAGUGCACUGUUUCACCACCAUAUUUUAGCGUAUACAAACUUGAUAGAUUGUUGCUAUUCAAAUAGCGGUCUGGACUGCAACAUAUAGACCUAGAAGACUAUGUAAAGGCUCACCAAUACUGUUAUAACACAUUAUAAAGGCUUAUACAUGCUCACAACAAAUUAUAAAGCAUUAGUGCCUAUACCUUUAUGCUGUAAAGUUUUACCAUAAUAUAAAUGCCGUACCUUUUUACUACAGAUUGCGACGUUCUUCAGCAACAACCUGGAUUUCUUUACGUCUUCGACAGGCUACGGUCCGAGAGGGGGUGCGGGGGCCCUCAACCCCCUGCAGGCAGAGAGCAUGCUGGGUAACAAGAAGAAGGCCUCUGACUACAUGCACACCAUCAGAAAGGUCAGUAGUGUUCCCUCGCUUCGCUGGUCAGGUCACAGUCACAGGCCUGGGUUCAAAUACUAUUCCAAAAUAAUUUACUUCAGCGGUGUUUGAUUAAGCAUGCCUGGCGAAAUAGGAAGUGGGAACCAAUAUAAUAGUCCCAAAAGUAUAAAGCCCGCCCAUCUGACAUUCCAGGCAGGCUAAAGCAAACAGUGGAACAUCCACUUAACACUGAUGUUGUGGUUCAGAAUAACAGUGUGUAUUUGACUGUCCUGUCUGUGUAUCCAGCCCAGACCUGAGUCGGUUCCAUACAGAGAGGCCCUGUUGAACCGCCGUGUUCUAACCAGCUCUACAGAAAGCAGACAGGGACUCACACAACAGGUAUUGAUUGUAUUUCCAUGUUCCUCUCUUCCCUUCUACUCUCCAGUCUGUCAGGACACAGGCCCUAAGUCUAACUCUUUUUAUUAUUCUCAAGGUAACCCAUUUUGUUACUGACUAGAUAAGUGUUAUAGAGAAGAAGUGUAGAAGUCCUCUUAUCCCUCUCUCUCCUCCCCUUUACACCUUUCUCCCCCAUGUACACCUCUCCCUCCUCCCCUUUACACCUCUCUCCUCCCCUUUACACCUCUCUCUCCUCCCCUCUCUCUCCUCCCCUUUACACCUCUCGCUCCUCCCCUCUCGCUCUUCCCCUUUACACCUCUCUCCUCCCUUUUACCCCUCUCUCCUCCCCUUUACCCCUCUCGCUCCUCCCCUCUCGCUCCUCCCCUUUACACCUCUCUCCUCCCUUUACACCUCUCUCUCCUCCCUUUUACCCCUCUCUCUCCUCCCCUCUCGCCCCUCCCCUUUACAUCUCUCUCCUCCCCUUUACACCUCUCGCUCCUCCCCUCUCCCUCCUCCCCUUUACACCUUUCUCCUCCCCCCCUUUACUCCUCUCUCCUCCCCCCCUUUACACCUCUCUCCUCCCCUCUCUCUCCUCCCCUUUACCCCUUUCUCUCCUCCCCUUUACCCCUCUCUCUCCUCCCCUUUACACCUCUUCUUUCCUCACUGUGUCCUCUCUUCCACUUCUCCAUUUGCCUGGGUGUCUGUACCUCUAUCACCCCAGGUGGUGGCGAGCCAGGAGAAGAUCGCUCGUCUGGAGCAGGAGAAGGAGCACUGGCUGCUGGAGGCCCAGCUGGGCAGGGUGAGGCUGGAGAAGGAGAGCCAACGAAUCCAGGACCUGGAGACACAGCUCUCCUCUGCCCUGGGAGGAGGAGGCAGCCCGGCCUCAGCCCUCUCCCUGGGUCCGGGCAGCCCAGCCCUUACCAGCCUGGAUGACGGAGAGCUGGAGGAGAGAGGAGUAGGGAAGGAGGCUAUUCUAAGCACCGGUCUGGUAGUUACAAUCUUCACUCGUUUGUUUUUCUUUAGGGUUGCAAGAAUCCUCCAACGGGGAUUUCAGAAAAACUGGUAACUUUGCGGAAUUUUGCAACCUUAUUUUUCUUCAAUAGUGAUUUCAUUAGGCUUCAUCCUCAUGUUUCACUACUUUGCAGUUGUCAGCUGAGAAUGGCAUGAUGUGAGAUGAAAUCUAGGUCAUUCCUCCCUUUACAACCCUCCCCUUUCCCACCAAAUGAGUCAGACAAAUCAUUGCGGGAGCAGCCAUAAAAUAGGUUUUAGUGUUUUGGCUUCAGUGAAGGCAGUUGUAUUAUCAGUCUCUUGCUCCGUCCCAAUCAUCUCUCCUUUCCCCCAAGUGUGCACUUGUUCACUAUCCUUCACUGAUUUGAAAAUUAAUUAUGGGUAUAUGAAAUGUGUUGGAAACUCCCUCUAGCCCAUGCCUCCACCAAUCCAAUGCUUUUAGAUUUUUGGGAAGUAGUGAACUAGUGUACACUUAAGGAGAAAAUAUAUAUUAUUGGGACACACCCUCUCUUUGCACCAGCUUCUUUGUUUUAACAUGCCUGUGUUUUAAUAGUGUACUCAUUUGAAGGUCCAGGACAUACCCACUUAACCUGGUCCAAGAUCCAGUGGUGGAAAAAGUACCCAAUUGUCGUACUUGAGUAAAAGUAAAGAUACCUUAAUAGAAAAAUACUAAAGUGAAAGUCACCCAGAAAAAUACUACUUGAGUAAAAGUAUUUGGUUUUAAAUAUACUUAAGUAUCAAAAGUAUAAAUCAUUUCAAAUUCCUUAUAUUAAGCAAACCAGACAGCACAAUUUUCUUGUUUUUAAUAUGUAUGGAAAGCCAGGGGCACACUCCAACACUUAGAUAUCAUUUACAAACAAAGCAUUUGUGUUUAGUGAGUCCGGCAGAUCAGAGUCAGUAGGGAUGACCAGGGAUGUUCUCUUGAUAAGUGUGUGAAUUGGACCAUUUUCUUGUCCAAAUGUAACAAGUACUUUUGGGUGUCAGGGAAAAUGUAUGGAGUAAAAAGUAUAUUAUUUUCUUUAGGAAUGUAGUGAAGUAAAAGUUGUUAUUCCGUUCCGAUCCUGUUUCGUCAGUAAACAUUAGGGUCCUGUAGUGUUUUUGAUAGGAUUUCAGUGGGAGAGGAAUGGGUUUUAUUGGCCUGGGCCCAGAUCUGUUUGUGCUGCAUCGCCAGCAAUGACCGUAGAAGUUGUCAAAAUGGCACAAACAGAUCUGGGACCAGGCUUACAUUUUAUAGCUUUCUCAUAGGGAGUUAGUAACUAAUGUGUUUCUGUGUUUUGCAUCUCUUGCAUUAGGUUGGCAUGUUGACCACAACUCCUACCAACGAGGAAGUAAGUUUGUCUUGUUAUUCUUGACCCAACUGUUCUUUCAAGUCUGUUACUUUUUCCCUCUUUCACGGGGCUAGUCUCAUUGCUUUCCUGAAAAGAUGGACUAAUGAACUCGUUAAUGAACAGAUUAUCAUACUUUGGAAAAUUACACUGACUACUUGAAUGAGUGAUUUGAAUAAAUGCUUGAAUGAGUACUAUGUAGUAACAUGUUAAUACAACCUUGUUAUACUAGUGUAAUUACAACACAGGUAUAAGAGCCACUUCAUGUAAAGUUGUCAUUUGUCUCUGUGUGUGUACAGGUGGGAGACGAGGAGUCCAGAGAACAACUGAUAAAGACCCACUACAUGGCCAGAGUAGGAGAACUCAGCACACAUCUACAGGCCUCAGACAGCAAGGCUGUUAACUUCCACGCUGAGGUGAGACAUGACACACACACACAAACUCACAAGCACACACUUUUAAGGAUAUGUAGCUCUUAUUUUGUCGGUGGAUACUGGGGAGAUAUAAGGGGAACAAAGUUACACAUAGUCAAGGUCCAUUUAGAUGCUGAUCUACAGAAGACCAACUUACUAGUUGAACCAGUCACUAAACCAUUUCCUGUCUUCCUUCCUUUAAUACAUACAUGUGCACUUUGACUCCAAGUAUAUUUUUGUAAAAAUAGGCUGUGUACCUGCGCCAAAACUAUGGUAUUUUGCAUCCUAUAGCUUGUUCUCCAUCUUUUUAAAUAGUGAGCCAAAAUGUUUUCAGCACUUAUUUCCAUGACUGAUCAAAACACUCUCUUGUCCCUCUGCAGCAGACAUAUGGUGAGCAAUAUGUUUGGAACAUUGAAUCGCAAUAAAAUCACAGUAUCGAAUCUCAAUACAUAUAGAAUCGUGAGAAUCACAAUUCAUAUAGAAUCGGCACCUAAGUAUAGUGAUAAUGUCUUAUCGUGAGGUCCCUGAUUAUUCCCAGCCCUACAUGAUAUACAGUGUACAAAACAUUAAGAACACCUGCUCUUUCCAUGACAGACUGACCAGGUGAAAGCUAUGAUCCCUUAUUGAUGUCAGGUGUUAAAUCCACUUCAAUCAGUGUAGAUGAAGGGGAGGAGACAGGUUAAAGGAGGAUUUUUAAACCUUGAGACAAUUGAGACAUGGAUUGUGUAUGUGUGUUUUAGAGGGUUAAUGGGCAAGACUAAAGAUUGAAGUGCCUUUGAACAGGGUAUGGUAGUAGGUGCCAGGCGCACCGGUUUGUGUCAAGAACUGCAACGUUUCUGGGUUUUUCACGCUCAACAGUUUCCCGUGUUUAUCAAGAAUGGUCCACCACCCAAAGGACAGAGUGUCUGACAGAUAGGGAACUGGAAGCAAUAACUUAGACGCUGGCAUAGGAAGUGUUUCUAACAAAGUGUAUUUAAUGUAGCAGAGUCAUUCCAGUUAAAACUCAGACAUCAUGUAAGCCUAUAUCUAGUUUUAGUGAAGAGCAUCCCAUUUAGUGACUUCAUUAAUUGAAGGAAGUGAUCAUCUGUGGAUAUGUUUAUUCUCAGUAUCUCCUGUGUUGUAACCCCCCCCAGUGUCGAGCCCUGGCCAAGCGUCUGGCUAUUGCAGAGAAGUCACGGGAGACCCUGACAGAGGAGGUGAAAUUGGCCAAUCAGAACAUCACCAGUCUGCAGGUAAACAACAACAGGUUGUGUAAUUCCCAGACUGAAAGAAAGAAGCAUGUCCCAGAUCCAUCCACUCACAGACACAAUACAAUCAGCUUUAUCAUUACAUAGCUAGUCGUUGUGUUUGUUAUGCAUAUUUGUCCUCAACUUUUUUGCUGUUUUUAUGUAAGAUUUCCCAUGUAUUCAAUGAAAUGCCAUUUAGCUGAAUGAAUGAAUGAAUGAAUGAAUGAAUGAAUGAAUUAAAUGCCAUUUAGCAGAUGCUUUUAUCCAAAGUGACUUAGUCAUGCGCUCAUACAUUUUAAGUAUGGGUGGCCCGGGAAUCGAACCCUGGCAUUGCAAGAGCCAUGCUCCAACUGAGACAUGGCAAAUGAACUUGAACCUUGAACAAUCAUACUGGCUCUAACUAACCACAACCUGCUCCUUGUCUUUCAGGAUGAGCUUGCUACGACCAAGAGGAGUUACAAGGAACAACUCAGUAUGAUGAGCGACCACCUGUGCAGCAUGAACGAGACCCUCAGCAAACAGAGAGAGGAGAUUGACAUACUCAAACUGGGCAGCAAGGUACUCUCAUUGAGACGAACCUAGAUAAAUUUAAGGUUAAAUUUGCCACUCACUGGCCCAGACAGCCAGAGAAGCAGUACUAGGUCAGGUUAUGCUGACAUGCUUAUGUAGACAUAUCCCAGUAAAAAACUACUAUCCAUUCUGAGGGGAACAGGUAGGGGGGGGGGGGGGGGGGGUAUAGAAGGGUCUGAGGGGAACAGGGAGGUGGGGGAGGUAUAGCAGGGUCUGAGGGGAACAGGGAGGCUGGGGUUGGGGGGGUAUAGCAGGGUCUGAGGGGAACAGGGAGGUGGGGGAUGGGGGGUAUAGCAGGGUCUGAGGGGAACAGGGAGGUGGGGGAUGGGGGGGUAUAGCAGGGUCUGAGGGGAACAGGGAGGUGGGGGAUGGGGGGGUAUAGCAGGGUCUGAGGGGAACAGGGAGGUGGGGGGGGGGGUAUAGCAGGGUCUGAGGGGAACAGGGAGGUGGGGGAUGGGGGGGUAUAGCAGGGUCUGAGAGGAACAGGGAGGUGGGGGGGGGGGGUAUAGCAGGGUCUGAGGGGAACAGGGAGGCUGGGGGUUGGGGGGGUAUAGCAGGGUCUGAGGGGAACAGGGAGGUGGGGGGGGGGGGGGGUAUAGCAGGGUCUGAGGGGAACAGGGAGGCUGGGGGUUGGGGGGGUAUAGCAGGGUCUGAGGGGAACAGGGAGGUGGGGGGGGGGGUAUAGCAGGGUCUGAGGGGAACAGGGAGGCUGGGGUUGGGGGGGUAUAGCAGGGUCUGAGGGGAACAGGGAGGUGGGGGAUAGGGGGGGGUAUAGCAGGGUCUGAGGGGAACAGGGAGGUGGGGGAUAGGGGGGGGGGGUACAGCAUACACACCUCCUCUCCUGAAACUGCCCAACACACUCAUCUGUCUUUUAACAGAAGUGUAUCUUAAAGGGAUACUUCUGGAUUUUAGCAAAGAGGCCCUUAUCUACAUCCCCAGAGUGAGAUGACCUCGUGGACACCAUUUUUAAGUCUCUCUAUGCAUUUUACAUUUUACAUUUUUAGUCAUUUAGCAGACGCUCUUAUCCAGAGCGACUUACAUGAGCAAUUAGGGUUAAGUGCCUUGCUCAAGGGCACAUCGACAGAUUUUUCACCUAGUCGGCUUGGGGAUUAGAACCAGCGACCUUUCGGUUACUGGCACAACGCUCUUAACCACUAAGCUACCUGCCGCCCCAUGCAGUUUGAAGGAAGUUGCUAACUAGCGCUAGCGCAAUUCCUAACAAUGACUGGAAGUCUAUGGGUAUCUGCUAGCAUGCUAGUGUGUGGAUGGUUAUUCCCACACUAACAUGCUAGCAGAUACCCAUAAAUCCACUUCAAUAAGUAUAGAUGAAGGGAAGGAGACAGGUUAAAGAAGGAUUUUUUAAGCCUUGAGACAAUUGAGACAUGGAUUGUGUAUGUGUGCCAUUCAGAGGGUGAAUUGGCAAGAUAAAAUAUUUAAGUGCCUUUGAAAGCGUUAUGGUAGUAGGUGCCAGGCAAACCGGUUUGAGUGUGUCAAGAACUGCAAUACUGCUUGGUUUUUCACGCUCCACAGUUUCCUGUGUGUAUCAAGAAUGGUCCACCACCCAAAGGACAUCCAGCCAACUUGACAACUGUGGGAAGCAUUGGAGUCAACAUGGGCCAGCUUUCGACACCUUGUAGUCCAUGCCCUGACGAAUUGAGGCUGUUCUGAGGGCAAAAGAAAAUAGCUUCAAGUGUUUUGUCCAAAUACUGGUGGAUUCAACUAAUAAAAGAAUGGACGACCUGACCAGAGAGGUCCAGGCCCUGAAGAACAGUUUGCAGUUCUCCCAGGGUCAGCUUGAUGAGUUUAAACAGGAGAACAGCAAGAUGACAGCAAUCUGUAAGUCAUUGAGAGGGGACAUCAGUUCUGUAUGUGAAUCCAUGAUAACAAUGAUGGAGAAAUCUCAAAGGACAAUCAAGGCGAAAAUGAGCCUUGGCGUGACCCUGGACAACACCCUGUCGUUCUCCGCUAACAUCAAGGCGGUGACCCGAUCCUGUAGGUUCAUGCUCUACAACAUUCGGAGAGUACGACCCUGCCUUACACAGGAAGCGGCACAGGUCCAAAUCCAGGCACUUGUCAUCUCCCGUCUGGAUUACUGCAACUCGCUGUUGGCUGGGCUCCCUGCCUGUGCCAUUAAACCUCUACAACUCAUCCAGAAUGCCGCAGCCCGUCUGGUGUUCAACCUUCCCAAGUUCUCUCACGUCACCCCGCUCCUCCGCACACUCCACUGGCUUCCAGUUGAAGCUCGCAUCUGCUACAAGACCAUGGUGCUUGCCUACGGAGCUGUGAGGGGAACGGCACCUCCGUACCUUCAGGCUCUGAUCAGUCCCUACACCCAAACGAGGGCAUUGCGUUCAUCCACCUCUGGCCUGAUGGCUCCCCUACCUCUGCUGAAGCACAGUUCCCGCUCAGCCCAGUCAAAACUGUUCGCUGCUCUGGCACCCCAAUGGUGGAACAAGCUCCCUCACGACGCCAGGACAGCGGAGUCACUCACCACCUUCCGGAGACAUUUGAAACCCCACCUCUUUAAGGAACACCUGGGAUAGGAUAAAGUAACCCCCCCUUACCCCACCCCACCCCCCCCCCAAAAAAAUGUUUUUUAAAGUGGUUAUCCCACUGGCUAUAAGGUGAAUGCACCAAUUUGUAAGUCGCUCUGGAUAAGAGUGUCUGCUAAAUGACGUAAAUGUAAAUACAUGGUUGUGGAUGGAAUUUGAGGACAAAGUGAGGGAUAUUAUUUCUGGGCGGCAGGUAGCUUAGUGGGUAAGAGCGUUGUGCCAGUAACUGAAAGGUCGCUGGUUCUAAUCCCUGAGCCGACUAGGUGAAAAAUCUGUCGAUGUGCCCUUAAGCAAGGCACUUAACCCUAAUUGCUCCUGUAAGUCGCUCUGGAUAAGAGCGUCUGCUAAAUUACUAAAAUAAAAAUAAAUAAAAAGAUGGACCACAGGAAGAUUGAGGUGGACUGGAAAACCCACCACCUCCCCAGGUGACAGGCCCGAUAGUGGUCAAGUUCCUGAGGUUCAAGGACAAGGUAGCUGUUCUGGAAAGAGCCAAGAACUUGAGAGGACUGUAUAUCUUCUAAAGUUGUGCGCCAGAAGAGGAAAGAACUUAUCCCAGCUAUGAAAGCUGCCAGAGCGCGUAGGGACAUUGCUUACAUCGCUAUGACAGGCUCAUUGUCCACCCUCCCUCCCAGAAGCCGGGAAGGGAUGAGAGAGCCAAGCCUAUGGGUUCACACACACACACUCAUUGAUUAAUGGACUGCUGAAUGUAUAUAUUUUCUCUUGCUUUGUUUGCUCUUUUCCAUAUUAUGUCUAUCUCUGGUAAGCUACCCAGGAAAGGGCUGAAAAUAGCCCAUAUUAAUAUAUGUAGCCUUAGAAACAAGGUUCAUGAAAUCAAUAACUUGAUAACAUUCAUAUAUGAGCCAUUUCUGAGACUCACUUAGAUAAUUAAUUUGAUGAUACAGCAGUAGCAAUAAAAGGAUAUAACAUCUAUAGAAGAGACAGGAAUGCUUAUGGGGGAGGUGUUGCUGUAUAUAUUCAGAGCCAUAUCCCUGUAAUGCUUAGAGAAGUGUUAUUUAAGUGUUGUAGUUGCAGAUUCACUUGGCACAUCUAAAGCCUUUUCUUUUGGGGUGUUGCUCUAGGCCACCAAGUGCUAACAGUCAUUAUCUAAAUAAUAUGUGUGAAAUGCUUGAUAGUGUAUGUGAUGUAAACAGAGAGGUCUUCUUUCUUGGGGACCUGAAUAUUGACUGGUUUUCAUCAAGCUGUCCGCUCAAGAGGAAGCUUCUCACUAACCAAUGCCUGUAAUCUGGUUCAGGUUAUUAAUCAACCUUCCAGGGUGUUUGCAAACACUACAGGAACAAGAUCAUCCACGUAUCAAUUUAAAUGUUUAAUAGAACUCAAAGGGUUUUCUUUAAUGGAAGCUUCUCUAAUGUCAAACAUGUAAAGUGUGGUGUACCGCAGGGCAGGAUGUACCCGGGAUCGAACCCGGAUCUGUAGUGACGCCUCAAGCACUGCUAUGCAGUACCUUAGAUCGCUGCACCACUUGGGAGGCCCCCCGCUGAAACCCUUAACAAAGAGUUGCAGUCUGUUUUGGAAUGGGAGGCCAGUAAUAAACUGGUCCUGAACAUCUCUAAAACUAAGAGCAUUGUAUUUGGUACAAAUCAUUCCCUAAGUUCUAGACCUCAGCUGAAUCUGGUAAUGAAUGGUGUGGCUAUUGAACAAGUUGAGGAGACUAAAUUACUUGGCGUUACCUUAGAUUGUAAACUUUCAUGGUCAAAACAUAUAGAUUUAAAUGGUUGUAAAGAUGGGGUGAGGUCUGCUGUAAUAAAGAGAUGCUCUGCUUUUUUGACACCACACUCCAAAAAGCAAGUCCUGCAGGCUCUAGUUUGAUCAUAUCUUGAUUCAGUCCAGUCGUGUGGUCGAGUGCUGCAAGGAAAGACCUAGUUAAGCUGCAGCUGGCCCAGAACAGAGUGGCACGUCUUGCUCUUCAUUGUAAUCAGAGGGCUAAUAUUAAUACAAUGCAUGCCAGUCUCUCUUGGUUAAGAGUUGAGGAGAGACUGACUGCAUCACUUCUUCUUUUUAUACGAAACAUUGUGUUGUAAAUCCCAAAUUGUUUGCAUUGUCAACUUACACACAGCUCUGACACACACACUUACCCCACCAGACAUGCCACCAGUGGUCUUUUCACAGUCCCCAAAUCCAGAACCAAUUCAAGAAAGCGUACAGUAUUACAGUGCAUUCAGAAAGUAUUCAGACCCCUUGACUUUUUCCACAUUUUGUUAUGUUACAGCCUUAUUCUAAAAUGGAUUAAAUCGUUUUUUCCACCAAAUCAAUCUACACACAAUACCCCAUAAUGACAAAGCAAAAACUUGUUUUUAGAAAUGUUUGCAAAAAAAUAACUAUUACAUUUACAUAAGUAUUCAGACCUUUUACUCAGUACUUUGUUGAAGCACCUUUUGGCAGCGAUUACAGCCUCAAGCUUGGCACACCUGUAUUUGGGGAGUUUCUCAAAUUCUUCUCUGCAGAUCCUCUCAAGCUCUGUCAGGUUGGAUGGGGAGCUUCACUGCACAGCUGUUUUCAGGUCUCUCCAGAGAAGUUCGAUCGGGUUCAAGUCCAGGCUCUGGCUGGGCCACUCAAGGACAUUCAGAGACUUGUCCCGAAGCCACUCCUGCAUUGUCUUGGCUGUGUGCUUAGGGUCGUUGUCCUGUUGGAAGGUGAACCUUCGCCCCAGUCUGAGGUCCUGAGUGCUCUGGGGCAGGUUUUCAUCAAGGAUCUCUCUGUACUUUGCUCCGUUCAUCUUUCCCUCGAUCCUGACUAGUCUCCCAGUCCCUGCCGCUGAAAUACAUCCCCACAGCAUGAUGCUGCCACCACCAUGCUUCACCGUAGGGAUGGUGCCAGGUUUUCCUCCAGAUGUGACGCUUAGCGUUAAGGCCAAAGAGUUCAAUCUUGGUUUCAUCAGACCAGAGAAUCUUGUUUCUCAUGGUCUGAGUCCUUUAGGUGCCUUUUGGCAAACUCCAAGCGGGCUGUGGUGUGCCUUUUACUGAGGAGUGGCUUCCGUCUGGCCACUCUACCAUAAAGACCUGAUUGGUGGAGUGCUGCAGAGAUCGUUGUCCUUCUGGAUGGUUCUCCCAUCUCCACAGAGGAACUCUAGAGCUCUGUCAGAGUGACCAUGGGGUUCUUGGUCACCUCCCUGUCCAAGGCCCUUCUCCCUCGAUUGCUCAGUUUGGCCGGGCAGCCAGCUCUAGGAAGAGUCUUGGUGGUUCCAAACUUCUUCCAUUUAAGAGUGAUGGAGGCCAAUGUGUUCUUGGGGACCUUCAAUGCUACAGAAAUGUGUUGGUACUCUUCCCCAGAUCUGUGCCUCGACACAAUCCUGUCUCGGAGCUCUACAGACAAUUCUUUCGACCUCAUGGAAUGGUUUUUGUUCUGACAUGAACUGUCAACUGUGGGACCUUAUAUAGACAGGUGUGUGCCUUUACAAAUCAUAUCCAAUCAAUUGAAUUGACCACAGGUGGACUCCAAGUUGUAGUUACAGCUCCAGGAUGAUCAAUGGAAACAGGAUGCACCUGAGUCUCAUAGCAAAGGGGCUGAAUACUUAUGUAAAGAAGGUAUUUCUGUUUUCUAUUUGUUAUAAAUUUGCAAAACUUGUUUGUGUGUAGAUUCAAUUUUAGAAUAAGGCUGUAAUGUAACAGAAUGUGGAAAAAGGGAAGGGUUCUGAAUACUUUCCGAAUGCACUGUAUAUAGAGCCAUUAAUGCAUGGAACUCCAUUACAUCUCAUAUUGCUCAAAUGAACAACAAACCUGGUUUGAAAAAGCGUCACCUCUCCCCUAUUUGACCUAGAUAGUUUGUAUGUAUUGAUAUUUAGGCUACGUGUGCCUUAAAACAAUAAUUGUGUUGUUCUGUCCUUGAGCUGUUGUCUAUUAAUGUUCUGUAUUAUUUCAUGUUUUGUGUGGACCCCAGGAAGAGUAGCUGCUGCUUCAGCAAAAGCUAAUGGGGAUCCUAAUAAAAUACCAACUCAAUAGUAGGAAGGUGUUCCUAAUGUUUUGUACUCUGUGUUUUACUUAACCCCAUUCUUCCUCUUGCCUUUUCCAGGGAAACUCCAAACUCCUAAAGAAGGGUCGGUAGGAAAGUGUCCUUUGGGAAGAUGGCGCCAUUUUGGAUCAGCAGAGCACCCUGGACUGAGGGAAGAGCUGGACUAUGGAACCACCCACCCACUACAGCCCUGCCAGCUCCACACCACCAUACCACCCCAGGAUGGAAGACCCUGUUAGACUUCUCCAUCAGAGGGAGGCUAUUGGGGGGGGUGUCUCUCUGAUACCACUCUGCUUAAAGGAAUUGUGUUUCUGAUUGACACAGAUAAUGACUUUAUGUGUAAAGUGCUUCCCAGCGUGUGAUGGAAGCAGCUGCUUGACCCUUUGAACUUUGGUUUGUGGGAGGAAGUGGAAAAAUAUAAAGGAAAGAUGUAUAUAUUUUUCCUCCCACCCACCAACUAGUGAGGUCAUGGAUGCUGACUAGUCAUGGAAUGAAGACCACCAGGCUCUGAUGGUUAGUGUCUGUCUUCUCUCUGUGUGCUAAUCGUGGGAAUGACAGAGAUAAAUAUUAAUUAAUCAAAUUGCUCUUAAGUGGGAGGAGGAGAUCAUAUUAGCAAGUGGAGAAAAAAAGUGUUAAAUUCUGUGUGUGCCUGCUGGCUGUCUGGGUUGUUUUCCUUGUCUGUCUUAUAGUGGGACUGUUGACUGUCGUGCCAGGCUUUGAGAGGGACUGCUAA